GUGACUCGCAUGUCCCUGCGGUGCAGUUUUCCGACUCCACAACCUCCGUGCUUGCCACGCUUGCGGCCCUCGCUGAAGUAUCGGCACCACUUUCUGAUUCAAACAGAGACACAGGUAAGACGGAGGAAAUAGUGGAAUCAAAUUCUGUCGAUUCUGCCAUACAACAAGUGGUUGGCAGCGGAGGGCAGCGCGUCAUCGCCAUUGUAACGGACGGAGUUCCCCUGGGCAGCCUGCAAACAGCCAUGCCCACCAGCGGCCUCAACCAGCCCUUCAUCCUAACCAUGCAAGACGGACAGCAAGUUUUAACUGUACCUGCUGGUCAGGUUGCAGAAGAGACUGUUAUUGAAGACAGAGAUGAUGCCGAAGAGGAAGAAAAGCCACUGGCCAAGAAGCAAAAAGUGGAACAAAAUGUAGAUGACUCAAAGGAAGACAAGGACAGCGUUGAAAGGGAAGUGCUACAGCAGCAGUUGCAAGAGGCAAACCGGAAGGCUCAGGAAUAUCGCAGCCAGCUCAUAAAGAAAGAGCAAGAGGCGGAGGAGUACCGGCUGAAGCUGGCAGCCAUGGUGAGGCAGCAGCCCAACGGAGCCGAGGUGACGGUGCUCGAAGAGGUUGCCGAGGUUGACCCGGUUGUGGUAACCUCAGAAGACAUCAAGGAAUCGGUGCUGUCCAUGCUGGAAACGGAUCAGCCAACUGAUAUUGCUGUGGAAACUGUAACCUCCUAA